AUGGCUUACUACAAUCAGAAUUAUUACUACCCGAAAAAUUGGAACGCAAACGGGAUGGGUUGGAUUAAUCCCGCCGCGUUCGCACAGUCACCACCCGCCUCACAGUGGCCGACGGUUCCGUCCCCGGGUUCAUCGUCGGGCUACUCGACCCUCAGCCGAGACUCGGGCUCCAACAUCUCGGGUCAGUCACUUUCGUACGGAUUCUCGCCCGGCGUAAUGCCACCGCUACCAUCGUCCGCUGACGGCGCCGGAUAUCCGCCACCGGCAAACCUUCCAUAUCCCACGAUGGGUUUUGCGGCCUUCGGAAGCGGGCCGGAACCGUCCAGUUUUGGAAUGCCAAAUUUGCCGCCAGCCGUGCCACAGUCGCUGCUGCAAGACGACCGGGUGUCCUCGGGCGGUCAAGAACCGGCCCCGACCUGCCCGGAGAUCCCGUUCCAGGCCAUCGCUGUGCCGAUUUCGGAAGGAAUGUUCUCACCGCUUGGGGAACGUGCAGUGGGCUCGCGAUCCAGUGCCGAUGUGCAGGACUUUUACCAGAUUCGCCACGAGUGCCUCGAGAGCGGGUCCCUGUUCGAGGAUCCCGAGUUCCCGGCGACCGCUUCCUCGCUGCUGUACUCGAAGCGACCCGAUCGGAACUACGAGUGGCUGCGUCCGCACGAGAUUUGCGAGAAUCCCGAGUUCUUCGUCGAAGGCUUCUCGCGGUUCGAUGUGCAGCAGGGUGAGCUGGGCGACUGCUGGCUGCUGGCCGCGUGCGCCAACCUGACGCAGGAUCAGAAGAUGUUCCUGCGCGUCGUGCCGGAGGACAACAGCUUCGAGGACGAGUAUGCCGGUGUGUUCCAUUUCCGCUUCUGGCAGUACGGCAAGUGGGUGGACGUGGUGAUCGACGACCGUCUGCCGACGUACCGUGGCCAGCUCAUCUACAUGCGCUCGUCGGAGCAAAACGAGUUCUGGAGCGCUCUGCUGGAGAAGGCGUACGCCAAGCUGCACGGUUCGUACGAGUCCCUGCGCGGUGGCACGACGUGCGAAGCGAUGGAAGAUUUCACCGGCGGUGUGGCGGAAAUGUACGAUCUGAAGGACCAAACGCCACCGAACUUGUUCGAGAUCAUCGAGAAGGGCUUCAGGCGUAACUCGAUGUUUGGCUGCAGCAUCGAGGCGGAUCCGCACGUGCUGGAAGCGGAGACACCCGAGGGUCUGAUUCGAGGCCACGCGUACUCCAUCACGAAGAUUCAGCUCGUGGACAUUGAGACGCCGGGCCGCUCGGGAAGGAUUCCACUGAUCCGGCUGCGCAACCCGUGGGGUAACGAGGCCGAGUGGAACGGUCCGUGGAGUGACAAGUCCGCCGAGUGGCGCUACAUCCCGGACGCGCAGAAGGAGGAGCUGGGCCUAAACUUUGAUCACGAUGGCGAGUUUUGGAUGUCGUACCGCGAUUUUACGCGCUACUUCGACCGAAUGGAGAUCUGCAACUUGAGUCCGGAUUCGCUGAGCGACGAUCAGCUGAACCGUGGCAAGAUACGCUGGGAAAUGUCCAUGUUCGAGGGCGAAUGGGCCAUGGGCAGUACGGCGGGCGGGUGCCGCAACUACCUCGAUACCUUCUGGCACAAUCCGCAGUACGUGAUGCGACUGGACGACCCGGACGAGGACGAUGCGGAGGGUAACUGUACCGUGAUCAUUGCGCUGCUGCAAAAGAAUCGUCGAUCGCGCCGAAACAUGGGCGUCGAGUGCCUGACGAUCGGUUUCGCGGUGUACCGCGUAACGGACCGCGAUCUGGCGCAGAAACCGCUGAAGAUGAACUUUUUCAAGUACAACGCCUCGGCCGCCCGCUCGCCGGCCUUUAUCAAUCUGCGUGAAGUUAGCUGCCGGUUCAAGCUUCCGCCCGGCUCGUACGUCAUCGUUCCGUCCACCUUCGAGCCGAACGAGGAAGGCGAAUUCAUCAUCCGUGUGUUCUCCGAAACGGCCAACGGUAUGAUGGAGAACGAUGAGCAUGUCGGUGUCGGCGACCUCGAUGAUCGGGUAAGUGUUGCGUUUGGAAGGGACGCCCUCGGAGACCAGCGAAAAGGAAGGAAAUUAAUUUUUGCUUUUUGGGUACCUUUACAGAUUGCACCGGACGACCCCGGCUUUCACCAACCGUCCCCGCAGCGACAAGCCAUGGAACGUCUGUUCCUGGAUGUGGCCGGCGAGGACGGUGAGGUCGAUUGGGUCGAGCUGAAACGCAUUCUCGAUCACUCCUUCCGCGACGAUCUACCGAAAACGUCUUCACUGAACGGACUAAACCGCCAGACGUACGCAUCGACGCAGAACGCGGACGGUCCGGGUGGUCCUGGUGGCCCGCCGGGUGGCCUCGAGGAUCUGCUGGGUAUGCUGAUGAACAUGUGCUGCAAAGGAGUGCUUGGCGGCGGCGGCGAGGACACCAACGGCAACCGUCCGGCCAAUUUGGAGAGCCAAAUCGUACCGACACAGCCGCAGCACGAUAACAUUUCGGCCGAAGGCUUCUCGAAAGACGUUUGCCGUGCGAUGGUGGCCAUGUUGGACGUGGACCACACGGGUAAGCUCGGUUUCGACGAGUUCCAGCAGCUGCUGACCGACAUUGCCAAGUGGAAGGCCGUCUUCAAGCUGUACGAUACGCAAGGUUCCGGGCGGCUGAGCGCGUUCCAGUUGCGCGACGCACUCAACUCGGCCGGCUACCAUCUGAACAAUCGCAUCCUGAACGCGCUGGUCCAUCGGUACGGUUCGCGCAGUGGCACGAUCCCGUUCGAUGACUUCAUUAUGUGUGCCGUCAAGAUUAAAACCAUGAUCGAAAUCUUCCGCGAACGAGACACCGAUGGGUCCAAUCAGGCCACGUUCACCAUGGACGAUUGGGUCGAGAAAACACUGUAUUCUUAGACGGCCGCAAGUGUCCGGGCCGGACUCCUCUCGCAUUUCGUUCUAUACAUUAAAAGCUUUCCACUCUCCUCUCGAAAUCGCUCGAAAUAAUCGAUCAUUCAUUAUUGUGUUGUGUAAUGCGAUCGCUAUAAGGAUACCCACCAUCACACAUACACGCGCAUGUGUUGACUAGUAAUUAGUUCAGGGGCGACAAAGGGGCACCCCAUUGUUCUCUAUUGGUGUUAACCAUUUACUUAACCAUAAUUUACAUCCACCUCUGUUUGCCGGAAUCAAAGAUUCCACUCCUUAGUGCCAGUUACGAAACGGAACAAGCUACAUCCCGAGGCUUUGCUGCCCCCCUCGAUUGGCCGAGAAACAGAAACAUUAUUUGAGGAACUUUUCUAAAUUUUUGGCGGCUUCUUUAUUUAUUGAUAUAUUUUAACAAACAACAAAUCGUUGGAUCACGCGCACCUCAGCCAUUUACGGCGUAAUAAUUCGAUUUUCGAUCCAUUAAAGUCUUUGAAGGCGCACUAGCGGGGCCUUUUAUUUAAGUGUUAAACGUAUCAUCGAAGAUCGAUAUUUUAAACGAUAUAAUAAAAUUGUAUUUAUACGGUAGCUA